AUGGAUAAAACACCUACAGAUCAAUUCAGGUAGCCUAACUUUAUUGUGAUAUGAAGGAUAAGGAUAAUUGCUUAUCUUGUAGCCUGGUGGCCCUGUAUUCAACUAAAAAUAAGCUCAAAAAGUCAAAAUCAGAAUAUAAUUCUUUAUUCAGUUGAGACAAAACGUUAAAUUAGUAUUAAAUCUUUAACUUCAUUCGGUCUAAGAUAAUUAACUUUAUUGUAAACUAAUUUUAAAACCGUACAUUGUUGGGCAUUUGCACGCUUACUAGCCGGGUAGCCCCCAGGGCCAGGUAUUUGCAGCUGCAUGUGCAUUCACAUGUGGGCUGAGCAUUUGUCAACCUCGGGGUCAUUACCACUGGGCAUUGGCCAUUGAUGAAGGGAAGACAACGGCCACAAGUUUAAAAACAUUUGCUAUUACUGUAAAGACCUAGCUAAAUAUAAAUGGCAAAGCCUGAAACAAUAACAGCCAGACCAAAUUACAGUUUUCCAAACCAAAUGCUAAACUGGUCGGAUAUUUUGUCCUGCCAAAAAUAUCUAUCAGUUUUCUUGAAAGAAUGGUCUAUACCUGUACACAAUUGUCAAAUUUAAAAGCAUUUUUAACUAUACUGUAUAGUACAGAGCCUGAAAUAACGGCCGGCGGUUUUCCGACCAAAUUCCGAUUUUUCCGACCAAAUGCUGAAAUGAUCGGAAAUUUUGUCCGGCCAAAUUUUGAGAAAAAGAAAAAUGCUUUCUUAAUGAUCGGGUCGGCGCUCAGCACAGUGAGUACCAUCUAUAAGUUUGGAUUAUCUAUAUUAGGCUAAUAUAAAGUAAUCAACUGGAAAGUAUAGUUCACAGGCUCAAUAAACAAGAAGUUAGAGUUAUAAACCGAGAAGGAGGUUUAUAACUGAUAUAUUGCCCCCGAGGACGCGCAGCGUCCGAGGGCAAUAUACAGUUAUUAACCGACUUUCGAGGUUUAUAACUAAUAUCUCAUUUGUGGAGGUUUUCUAACAUAUUUUGUCAUUUUCAAAAAUUUUUGAUGAAAAAUUCUCGCGUUUUGUCGAAAAGUUUGAUAUAAUUAUUUAUUCAAGGUAUAUUAGCUAGUUAUAAACCUCGGGCGAUCAAAGAAAACCGACACAAAUGAGAUAUAAGGCGGCUUAUAGCGUGGUCGUGAAAAUGUGAGGUGAGUCUUAAUUAAUUUGCAAUCUAAAUCACCCGUCAAUCAAUUUAAGCUACAGUUACAAUUGCCUUACACAAUUGCAAGUAGAGUGAUUUACUCAGUGCACGUCUGCAUGCUUGACAGAGUUUGCUCAUUGGGGUGGACUUGGUCAAACUAAACUAAAAAAAAUUCCGGUCAAUUUUGCAAAUUUCCGGUCAAAUUUCGUUUUGUAAAUAAAGCCUCUGAUUGGACUAUAUGAGAGAGGGAAGCACCAUGCAAUCCAGUUGCUCAGACUAUUUGAUUGGCUUCCCUCUCUCUUAUAGUCCAAUCAGAGGCUUUGUUUACAAAUCAUUUGUAAAUUUCAACAGUGCAAUUUGUUCACGUCAGUUGCAAAUUGCUCAGAGCAGUUUUUCUAUCAAAAUUGCAAUAUUGUGGGACAAUAUUGCAAUGUUGCUCGCAAGAGAACAUCCGGUUUGACUGUAAAACUGAGUAAACUUUCUAUUUGGACCAUUGAUAUUUGGACCAUUGAUGAAAAACAACAAAUUUCUCGCCCAUGAACUCAAAAUGUGUUUUAAACUUUUAAAUUUCGUGCACAAGCUAGUUUUAAUGCUGCUAAAAAAGACCACCCCCCACUCUGGAAAAUUUAUACCCUGCGCAUCUACAUUGGAAGGUCUACCACAUCUCAAUUACUAUCGACACUACACAAAAUAGGGAAGGACUUAGAUAAAGGACUACAAACAGACGUUGUCUUCAUGGACAUUUCCAAGGCUUUCGAUACCGUUGACCACUCCAAACUGUUACAAAAACUUCGCGAUUUCGGUCUAUCUGGCUCUCUUUUGUUGUGGUUUGAAAACUAUCUAUCAGGUCGCUGUCAACGAGUAACUGUUCACGGUGCGACAUCUACUUCCUUACCAAUAACAUGCGGAGUCCCACAAGGUUCAUUGCUGGCUCCCUUCCUCUUCUCGGUGUACAUUAACGAUUUGCCCGAUAACAUAUCCAUUUCUACUGGGGUCGGUUUGUAUGCUGAUGAUACCAAACUGCACAGAUGUGUGCAAAAUCGUAACGAUGCACUGGCAUUGCAAUCGGAUAUUCAAAGCCUCCAUUGUUGGUCAAAUGAGAACAUGUUGAGCUUUAACAAAUCGAAGUGUAAAGUGUUGUCUAUCACAAGAAGGAAGUCUCCCUUAAUUUACCCAUAUGCACUUGGCGAUCACCAACUAUUGUCUUCUGAUGUAGAGUACGUCCGAUCUGGGCAUUACGAUCAGUUCGAAACUAUUAUGGAAUGUUCAGAUCAACAAAGUUCGGUCAAAAGCCAACAAAACGCUCGGGUUAAUCCGACGUUCUACCAUGGAGAUAACGGAUACCAACGCGAGAAGGCUUCUGUACCUUCAACUAGUGCGAAGUAACUUUUCCUAUGCAACCCAAGCCUGGUGUCCUCAGUCAGUGAAACUUAUUGAGGACGUUGAGAAAGUGCAGAGACAAGCAACUAAAUACAUAUUGAAUCUUGGGUUUAUCACAGACAUUUCUUACAAGACAAGACUCCUUCAGCUUGACAUAUUACCUGUCUCAUAUUGGCACGAAUACUUAGAUCUGGUGUUCCUCUACAAGAUCAUCAACAGUCUUACGUACAUUGACGAACGUGUUCUACCGAUCAUGGCUGGAUCAGGAAUUACAAGAAGUGAAUCCAACGCAAACCUAAUUAGAUUUGUUAUUCCUUAUGCGAAAACCGUAACAUUCCAGACCUCAUUUUUUAUAAGAACUUGCAAAACGUGGAACAUAUUAGACAGUAACUUGCGUACUAGAGAUAUAGGUUUGCUGUCUUUUAAAUCAGGUCUUAAACUCUACUACAAACAUGCACUAUCCAAAACAUUCAAAUGUGACGAUCCGCGCACCUGGAAAUCAGUGUGUGUAAAGUGCAAAAGAGCAAGAUCGCUUAACAAUGAAAUAAGUUGUUGUUAGCCUUAUUAGUUUUAGCUUGUUGAGUUGCUUGAAAAUUUGUUUUGUACAGUAAUUUUAUUCUUGUUUAUAUGGGAUCGCCGUAAUUGGGGAAACCUGUGGCGAAUUCCCUGGCUCUAUAUGUUGCAUUUAAAUAGUAGCCGAAUCUUAUUAAAUAUUAAAUAUUAUAAAUAUCCAAGCAAUCUAAAUGUAAAAAAUUUGAUGAAAUGAACAGAUUUGUGAAAUUGAGAGCCGUUUCAAAAUUGUCUACUUUUUUAUACACCCUGUAUUGCUGACACCAGAAAAGAAUUUGCAUGCACAUGGAGCCCAGGGUUAACCAUAUUACCAUAAGAUGUGAUAUGCAAUGUAAGUCACUAUAUUAGAACCCUAAAGUCACUAAUAUCGAAAAUUUCAUUAAUCGAGUAAUCAGUAUUUAUAAAAACCGAUAAUUAUUGAUAUAUCGAUAUACCGCAACAGCCUAGAACCCUUAUAAUCUCUAUUUGCACCACCAUUAAAAAUUGUCAGUAUAACUAAAAUCAUUUGUCACCUGACCUGCAUCAAACCCUAAUCCUUUAUGCCUGGCCACCAGAGACCUGAUUAUAAGCCCCUUUGAUCCCCCUAACCCCCUCCCUAGAUAUUUCACUAAUCCUAUUAACUCCUUGGACAUUAUGUAAAGUAGAAUAAAAAAGAUGCAUUUAAACUAACACGUCAUGAAUCUGACCUACAUCCAACCCCUAGCCCUUUAGAACCCUUAAUCACUUAACUCUUAAUAUAUUUGAAUUUUUACUGAAUUUGUUUACCACUGAAAUUAACAAAUUCUUACAAGGUUUAUUAUAAUCAGAAUAGAACAUGUAUGUUAUACUGUAAUGCCAGUGCAGUGGAUAAAGUAUGAGGCCAUGACUUGCUGUAGGUACUUCAAUUCACUUUUCACAGAAGGUUUUAACAUAACCUUCAAGAAGACUGCAGGGUAGUUGUUGAAUUUUUAUAAUUCUUUUUCUGUUUAUUUUAUAGCUCAGCUGAUAUAACUGUAUUGAAGAAACUGUUGCUAUUCUCACUUGGAAUGUUUGUUUUUCCAAUAGGAACAUUCUUUCUUCUUCAGAAAACUCUACCAAAAGGUAUUGGUUAUGAUGCUAGGGGAAUACACAUUAAAUCCUCUAUUUAUUCACUCCCACUCUAAAGAGCCCCCAUUGUGUCUCUAAUAACCCCCAUCCCUCUUUUAGAUGAAGAACUGUUAUAUGGGGGGUGAAGAGGGGUAUAUAAAUCCGCCAAUCCGCCCAAAUUUGAAGCAAUAGUCAAUGGUCUUACAGUAUGAAGUCACAAUCCAGGAUCCGAACUAAAUUGCAAGCUAAAUCCACAAUCCGAGCCAAAAUAUUAGAUAAAUCUGCAAUCCGCUGUAUUAAUAAGAUCCGCAAAUCCGUGUAAAAUAUUCGCCAGAUCCGAAAUCCGAACAAUUUUUUUCUGUGAAAUCCGACGAUCCGAAAACCUAUUCACCCCCCCCCCCUUAUAUUAAUUAAGUUCCCCCCUCUGUUAAGUCCCUCCCCUCUUCACAACAAAGAAACACAUGCCUCAAAUGUUCACAUAAGUUUCAUGCAUUUCUUAAGCAAAAGCAAAACAUAUUGCACAACAGAUAAUCAAACAAACGAACUAACAAAUAUACAAACGACAAAAAUAUUUUAUGUAAACUUCAUUAAUUUGCCGGGUGGGAUAAAAUCAUAAAAACAAGAUAGAGAAACCAGCAACUGCGAGCCGAGUUUCACCUGACACAGACAGUUUUCCAUGUACGCACAUCGUCAGGAUUGAGGAUCGUAAGUGGAAACUAUCAGGGUGCGAUAAUUUGCGUACUUACAGUAAAACAUGAUUGGACUGAUGCAGGGACUGAAGAAGGUUGGGGUCAAUUGUGACGCCGAUUUGUUACCUUUCAGAAACCUGCACUUUAUGUAUUUUAUUUUACAAACUAUAGGUACACAUUGAGUGUUAAGUUUGUAAUGGCGCAAGUACGCGGCAUUAAUCGUUGGCGUACCAGUUAGGUAGGACUAAAAAUCUUGAAUUAUUGCAUCCUGACUAGGGCCGAUUGGUAAAUAAAUAUUCCUUGUAUUAGCACUGCUUUAAAAGUUUGAAGGGAUAUUGAUUUGCGUGGAAGUUCAUUUGGCAGCGCAUUCGAUACUCUUGCUGAUCGUAAUCAAACAUGAUUGAAAGUAGCUACUACGUCCAUGUUUGACACCGUCUCUCUUCUUAGGCGUAAGUAUCGAUUGUACUAGAGGAUCUUGUAAAUCUCGUACAUUUCUGAGUCAUGGGCAAAACAGUUUUAGUGGAAUUUGAACUCGCGCCUUCGGCACGCCGCACUGAUAUUGAGCUAUCGAACUAUCUAGCCAACAUGGAUUGGAGGCGAAUUUUAUCCAAUCAAAGUGCACGAAAUAUUUCGAAACAGAGCACGACAGUCUUAGCGUAGCCUCCUCAGCAGGCAUCUCACUUUUUAUCUCACAUCACAUCUUUUCGAACUACCCAUUCGCGGGCUAAAACCCAUAGAGAUACUUGCGGAGGAGGCUACACCCAGUGAGCUCUAUAUAUAUAUCUGGAGUAAGAACUUCAGUCAUUCGGUCAAUGAGAAAAGUGAAGCCAAGAUGGCGGCCAUUGACGUCCAAUAGCUCUGAAGGUCGUAAACAGUUUUUAUACCAUUUUCCCCAGCUAAUUCCAGUUUUUUCUAAUGGACCGUAUCACUAAUCAAGUUUUCAGUUCAUAAAAUCACAAUAUUAUUCUUUAAAUCGAAGUCAAAAUACGAAAUUUCAACACUCCUUGCCAAGAUGGCGGAAAUUGAAGGAGCUGUUGGACGUCAGUUCCAGUCCCUUUCUAUUGUUUUUGUAUGCGCGGUUAACACGAAACUGGCUUCACUUUGAGCAACCAAGUUCCUACUCCAGAUAUAUAUGGAGCUCACUGGCUACACCUAGCUUCUCCUAGCCUGUGUCCCAGUCCACUACACCGGAGUCCCAACUCCCAACGGUGCGUAUUCUAUAAUCGCAUCUCGAGGAAACGUUUUCGGUUAACUUCGACUAUGUAAGAAAAUUAAAGAAAUCAUGUUUGAAAACUUCUCUCUGAAGAAGGUUCUAAUAAUAGAUAGCUUAAGAUCUACGACGUCGACGCCAGCUAGGACGUCAGGGCUAAGCAGAGGACUGGGACUACAUUAGGACGACAUCCUAGUCCCAGUCCUCUGCAUAGCCCUGACGUCCUAGCUGACGUCGUAGAUCUUAAGCUAUCUAAUAAUAGAUUCGAGACAAUGGCAAUGUUAGUUCCAUAAAACAUAUGCGUAUGGCUCUUUCUUCAUUACCGUUUUACUAUAUGUCUACGGGGUUUCACAAAAGCUUGUAAUUUGUCAGGCAUAGGCCUUCUUGCAUGAAUCGAACCUGCGGUCCUGCGAUUCCAUUGCAGCGCCUCUAACCAACUGAGUCCAGCUGGCGAGCUUUACCCGCAAGUGAAGUAAUUCAUGUAAUUAUAUUAAGGUGACGCUAGUGUAAGGUGUAUAUACUGUAUGUAAAUAUCAGUUUUGGGGAUCUCACUCGACAGAACUAAAUAUCAGGUCUGAAUUAGUUCUAAACAUUUAGUUAUUUAGAAUUAAUCCUGACACCAGUGUAAGGGUAAAUACUGUAUCACUUUACUCUUUAAUAAUAUAAUUACAUGAACUUGCGGUUAAAGCUCGGCCGCUGGACUCUGUAGCUCAGUUGGUUAGAGCAUGAGCCUGCCACGCAGGCUAGUUAGAGCCAUAGAUCCUGCCUGCGGGCCCAUAGACCUUAUUCAUAAAUCGUGACGAGGCCUCGUAUCCUAGGAUACGGGAAAAAAAACGCGGGAAUACAAGCGAAAACUGCUUGACAAGCCAAAUUCAGAUGCUAUAUAUCGACUUCAACGGCUUGUUUCUUGUUGCCUUUUGCGAUUUAUAACAUUUUGUGUGUAUUUUAAGACUUUGUGCCCACAACGAAAGCGGUAAACGAGUAUAUUAUAAAAGCGACCGGUUUUUCUCCCGGUUUUGUGUGGGGAAAAUGACAACAUAUAGCGACAGUGUUUAUCCAGAAGCGAAAAACAGUAUUUUACUGAGAUUUUAACGUCAAUAUAAAGGUUAUUCCGUGAAAAAUCAAGACAACUGUAGAAUGAAAGUAUAAUUUUUCGAAUUUGACAUUAAUAUGAAAGAAAACAAGAGGUCAAAAAUCACAAGAGAACGUCAAAUGUCAUUGAUUCGUACGGGAAAAUAUGAACUAUGGCUGUGGCUCGAUAACAUUCUGCAAGCAGCUUACGAGUUUAAAAAAUGAAGGCUACAUUACCUGAGUGAGUUGUAAUCUUAUUUCUUCAACAAUAGUUUCAUAUUUCUUACGAUUUUGGUGUUGUAUAGACGUUUUGUAGCCUUGUUGGUUGUUUGUUUUGGCCAUACAAACUACGACAAUAAUACAAAGUCAAAGGUUUCCUUUUUCGAUUGACUCCAGCAUCUUUUGCUUUAAAUAUCAUGUUAUAUUUUCUCAGAAUAUUUUUUUCAACUUUCAAACUCAGUUUUAUAGAUAUUAUUUUCGAAAAAAGCCGUAAUAUUCACGAAAAAAAGCUGCCAUAGCCGACAGCAAAAAAAACAUUUUGUCAAUUUUCCCGCGUUUUUCCCCGUUUCCUAGGAUACGAGGCCUCGAUCACGAUUUAUGAAUAAGGUCUAUAGUUGCAUUUUUCGCACAUGAUCCUGGUUAGGUCUAAAUAUGUUUAAAAUUGAUUUUACACUCGAAAUUUCCAUAAACAAAAACCCUUCAACAUUUAGUUCUCUCGAGUGGGAUGCCCCAAUCCUGACAAUUUCUACUACACUAUCAGCAAUCAUAUCCUGAUCACUUCUGUUUUCUUUAUUUCUAGACAAUGUUGUAAUACCUGUAGCCGGUAGCGUGAUAGCAGUUCAUAUUGUGAUUGGGAUUUAUAUAUGGAUGGCUAUGAAAGAGAGUGCUGAUACAUAUACAGAGCCUCUCAAACAAGAUUAA